UUUCUGAACUUUUAGUUUCUAGUGCUGUCUGGGCAGUUAAAGAGUAUCAUUGCAAGUAAGGAAGACACGAUAGCCUACGUCGGAAUUGCACUAUUUCUAAAAGAAAUAUAUCAACGCCCAGUUGUUUGUUGAAGAUACCAGUAUUACGCUAAAUAGAUGUGUUGAAAAUGUUUUAGUUUUAAUAACUUGCCAGGUUUGUGAAAUCAGGUGACUGCUGUUAAUGAGUAACAUAAAAGCCAUGUCUCCACUGUGAUGCUGUGGCCCAGGAUGAAGACUGAUAUCAUAUAAAUAAACCAGGCGUUGGACAGUGAUGAUCAUUCUGGUUUGGCUCUCUGUCAUCACCCUCCAGUCCUCCUCCUUUCAAAGACUCCUCAGUAGGAUUUACACUUCAACCAUGGGUGCUUGCCUGUGUAAGGAUACGCCCCGGGGAUCACAGGGACACCCUGGGGAGAUCAGUGACAGUGUGGAUAAUCCAUCACGUAGACAGGUGCCCCUGGGUCAUAUUGUCACGGAGCCACUUAAUCACUUGGACAUUAUAGAGAGCUUGAUCCUGAACACUAUGUAUAACAUCAAAACCUUGGUGGAUAAUGACCGAGCUCUACCCCAUUCCUUGCUUGCCAUACAUAAGAUUGCAGACACAGAAAGUGGAUGGCUACUUGUGGUCAGUUCUUUGGUCAAGGUCAUACCACUGGAAGACCCCCUGGGUCCUGCUACUAUCACAUUACUACUGGACGAAUGUCCAUUGCCUAGUAAGGGGACAAUAGCAAAGAUAACCUCAAAUCUCAAGAUAGGAAAGAAGACUGCCUUAGAUGAGAGGAAAUCCAAAAAUAUCCAGAGGCAAAGGAAUACAUGUAUUGUGUUGGGAUGUUUGGCAGAAAAAAUGGCAGGCCCAAACAGUACUUGCUUGAUGACUGGCAAUGUACUGGACUAUUUAUUUACUAACUUGGAAUCUGACUGUGAUCCAAUUGUGAUUUUGCAUUCCAUUGUUGCACUGGAAAAGUUUGCUCAAACAAGUAAGUGA